AUGGCAGCACAACAAUCGGAGCUAGACAACAAAUACCUCGCACAGCCUCCAUCAUCGAGCUGCUGGCUGGGCACCGUCCACGUGGGGACGCCGAGGGGUACCCUUGAGACGGUCCUGGACGUCCCCACCUACGUCGCGAAGCCUGCGCCAGACAAGGCAAACGGCCACAUUGUGCUUUAUUUCCCGGAUGUUUGGGGCAUGUCCAGCAACGCUAAAUUGCUGAUGGACGGAUUUGCUGAUGCCGGAUUCUUGGCCCUUGGCAUGGAUUUUUUCAGAGGCGACCCAAUUUCCAAAUAUCGCUCGUCAAUGGGCGAUCCUCCUCCCGAAGGCUUUGACCAGGCGGCCUGGCGGUCCAAGCACUGGAACUUCGCGACCGAGAAUGUUCCCAAGUGGGUUGAUGCAGUCAGGUCCAAGUACGGCAGCGAAACAACAAAGUAUGCAUGCACAGGCUACUGUUUUGGCGCCCCAUUUGUAUGCGACUUGCUUGCUGGCGACAUCAUCUCGGCCGGCGCAUUUGCACACCCAACAUCGUUGAAAGAUCAUCAUUUCUUAGCACUCAAAAAACCACUUCUGCUAUCCUGCGCUGAGAAUGACCAUGCAUUCAAUGUCGACUCACGAAGGAAAGCUCUUGAUAUUUUGCAGAAAGAGAAAAAGAAUUAUCACUUGCAGCUAUUUCAGGGUGUGUCGCAUGGCUUCGCAGUGAAAGGCGACCCAAAUGACCCUUACCAGAGGUGGUGCAAAGAGCAGAGCCUACGGGCAAUGAUUGACUGGUUCGAGUUGUGGUUAGUGAACUCGUCCUGA